GUCCGUAUCAGUAAGUCCAUUCCACGGGCGGUCGCUAAUUGGUCCUAAUUUUCUUGUGAAAUGUCCCACAUCCCACUGACCCCCUAAUUACCGACCUUUCUCCUCUGUGAUUGGUUGGGAAGUGGCCAUAUUGUUGUUUUUGUCAUGUCUGUAUUUACCCGUAAUAGACUUGAAUGUUAUCAUUAGCAGCUGUAAUAACCACUUGCUGAUGACCGUACCACUCAACCAAGCCAAGGGGCAUUUUGAUACAAUUCCAGCUAUUAUGUUUCUAUAGCAAAAUAAAAUUAUGUCCCUACCAUAUACUGCAUGUUAAAAUGCAUCAAUUUUAUGAAAUAUACUGCUCUAUGUUGACGGAUAUGCAUUGCAUAUGUCUGUAUAUUGUUGGCAACAAAAUAAAUGACGCCCCUUCAAAAAGUAGAUUUUUGGUCUCGUCCAUUGUCACCAACCACUUGGUCAGUAGGCCACAGACUUUCACAGAAAGAGGUCCCAAACUUCCACAGUCGCGACCUUCAACAGGGUACAGUUUCUCCUCUCGUGACGACUUACAACGUUAGAAAGAAGCGUUGUGGGAUCGUCAGACUUGGAAAAAGUGACUAUUUCUGUGAGGGACCCUCCGGAAAGUUACAGACGUUAUUUGUUUGUCACUGCGGUGUCAAGUCGACCGGGUGCGUUCUUGACGUUCAAAGUUUCUGAUGACACGACUGAGAGCUAUGUAAGAAUGGUUUCUGAAACGUCCAUUUUGAAGGCUUGAUAUUUUGUGUGUAGUGACUAUUCUGUGGGCUGAGUUAAAGUUUCUAGACCCAACGAGAGACGGCAAGCGUUGUCAUGGCGUACGCAACCACUGACUUCUUCGAAAAUGACGACGGAUUGUCAUCGCUUCUUCGGGCGGACACCCCGGUGACAUCUGCCGACCGAGACGGCUCGGACAGCUCCCCUUCUUUCGAAGACUCGGGCCUCAGUAGCGGGGGCAGCCCGGAGAGCUCAGCGCUGCUGCUAAACGGGGGAAGUCGCCGCCGUCGCCGAAGGAGGAAACCCCGUCUCACCGGGUUGAGUAAGCAGCGUCAGGCGGCUAACGAACGCGAGAGGGUCCGCAUGCAGAAUCUCACCGCGGCGCUGGGAGUUCUACGGGAACACAUCCCUCCACCGGUCGCUCCUAAAGACAAAAGACUAUCAAAAAUCGAGACUUUGAAGUUGGCCAUCGGCUAUAUCGACUACUUGAGAAGAGUGCUCCAGGAAUCGACAGAGAAUGCUGCGUCUCUUCUGCCACCUUCACUGGAAAGUCUGGCCAAGGAAGACGCAGAGUUCGACAUCGACGGAAGUUUUGAGAUUAAAGGACAGGACCAAGAGCAGAGGCGUCGACGAAAGGACAGAACAGGAAGACAUCGUCUCACUACUCCUCACUGUCACGUUAAGAAGAGUCAGCAAACAAAGCCAGCACCAAGACCAACAACCGCCAAGGUACGACCCAGACCAUCCGCUGUGUCAUCCUGUAGCCCCAAGUCAGGGAGUCACCACGACGGGAUGUCAGUCAAGCUGGAAACAUGACGACGCUAAACAUGUUGCUGCCACCUUAUAGUUGGACUCUUUAUGUAGUUCUUCUCGAAGUAGUUGUAGGGUACACUCCAAGCAGAGGUUAGGCUCCGGCUGUUUUUUUUUGCGUUUUCUUUUUAGGCGUUUUUAUCGGGCUUUCUAUUUUGUACCGUUUUCUUUAUGUCUCGCGCAGAGGUUAGGCCGCAAGACAUCAAGAAAACAGUACAAAAUGGAAAGCCCCCAAAACGCCUAAAAAAAGUUGAAGCCUGCUUGGAGAGUAGAUGUAGGGUCCAGCUCAGAGUUUUACGCGUUUUUGAGGAUUUUUUCUGUGUCUUUCUCAUUAUUCGCAAUUGAAACUCUUCGCUUCAAAAAGACAUAUUGAGUCGGAUCCUACAGCUGUUUUGAGAUUAUAAACAGAUGCGCUGCAUUUAUGAUGUUGCUUGGGUUCCCUCAAAUGGGCAUCAAAAUCUGGAAAAAAAAGAAACUGUAGCCUGUAUGCAUGAAGAACUCCUGAUUACUUGAAAGUGCCGUGGAUGUGCUGUUAUCCAACUUACAUAAAGGAAAAGAAGCCAUAUCAUAACGAAAGUGUCCCGCCCCUGAAUCGUCGCCAAAAAGAUACCGUUACUCCUAAAAGAAAAUAUGUGUGUAUGGAUGGACGUUUUGCAAAGUGCUGAUUGACCUGUCCUUAAUUCUUGCUCGUGAUGUUAAAAUGUUGAUCAUUGAAGUGUUCUCAGAUGAGAAAUUAUUGCGGUACUGAAGAAUACGUCUGGUUAUCAUAUCAUUAAGCCAUGACAUUGGUUUGUUACUAUUACUGUUCAGGUUUCGCUUGUUUGUGAUAUUAUAUAACAGGAAAACAU